AUGCACCAUGAACCAAAAAUCCCCAGCCAAGCCUCCUGCCCAGAAGGAGGCCUAACAGGCAACCUCGUCGUGCUAGGCAGUUUCAGUGCGAUAAUGGGCGGCCUAGGGCUGAUGAACAGCAUAGGCAUUUAUCAAGCCUGGAUCUCCACACACCAACUGUCCCACAUAAGUGAAGGCCAAAUCGGCUGGAUAUUCGGCAUCUACAACUUCCUCGUCUUCUUCUGCGGUAUCCAAAUCGGCCCGAUCUUCGAUAUAAAGGGUCCGCGCAUGCUCAUGUGGUUUGGAUCCAGUUUGCUCGUGGUUGCCUUCGUCUGCAUGGGCUUUUGCUAUGAGUAUUGGCAUUUCCUGGUUGUUAUUGGGAUCCUGGGUGGAAUGGGGACCUCGUUUAUUUUUAUUGUUCCGGUUGCAAGUAUUGGGCAUUUCUUUAUUAAAAGGCGUGGUGCGGCGACCGGGCUUGCGCUGGCUGGUGGGAGUAUUGGGGGCGUCAUCUUUCCUUUGGUUUUGGAGAAUCUUGCGCCGAAGAUUGGCUUUGCUUGGGCUAGUCGGGUUGUCGGGCUUAUUACGCUGAUUCUCCUUAUUCCUGGUUGUUUGCUUGUGAAGGCAAAUUUCCCGCCAAAGGUUUCGUCUAAGCCUUCGUUGAAGACUUUUCUUCCUGAUCUUACUAUCUUGAAGGAUCCUGUGCUUGCUUUGACGACUAUUGGGGUUUUCUUUAUUGAAUGGGGGUUUUUCAUUCCGCUUGAGUAUAUUGCUUCGUAUUCGAUUGCGAGUGGUAUUUCUCCCAAGUUGUCGUAUCUUAUGGUUGUCUUUUUGAAUGCCGGUUCGUUCCCUGGUCGUUGGCUUCCGGGUAUCGUGGCUGAUCGCAUUGGUCGCAUGAACACUUUAAUAUCGACAAACAUUCUUUGUUUAAUUGCUGUGUUGGGUAUUUGGAUGCCUGCAAACGGGAACGUUGUUGCUGUUAUUAUCUUCUCUGUUGUGUUUGGAUUUGCGAGCGGGAGUAACAUCAGCCUUGUCCCCGUUUGCGUGGGAGAAUUGUGUCCUGUUGAGAAUUAUGGGAGGUACUAUACAACUGUGUAUACCAUUGUUGCCUUUGGGGCAUUGACUGGGGUUCCGAUUGCUGGUGAAAUCAUCCACCGCUGUGAGGGAGAGUAUUGGGGGUUGAUUGCUUUUGCCGGAUGUGCAUAUGCAGCAGGAUUGAGUUGUUUCAUUGCCGUAAAGUUUUUGCAGAGGCAAAGAGGCUAUUCGGAGAAACAACUGGAAACGACGGGAGUUUAG